GGGGCGCUUACUGGGUUCUGCUUCUCAGUUAAAGGAUGAAAGAUAGUAAGGAGCCAUUUUUUGUGAAAUUCAUAAAGUCUUCUGGGAACUCGGAGUAUUUUUUUAAAGCUCUUGAGUCUAUAAAAGAAUUUCAGUCAGAAGAACAUUUUCAAAUCCUUGAAGAAGAAAGAGCACUCAGUAUAAACGAAAAUGAUAAAUCGCUUUACAUUUGUGAUCCUUUUAGAGGCGUUGUUUUCAAUCAUCUCAAAAAGCUUGGUUGUAGAAUUGUUGGACCACAGGUAGUCCUGUACUGCAUGCAGUCCCAGCGAUGUGUCCCAAGAGCUGAGUAUCCUGUGUACAAUAUGACCAUGGCCGAUGUAACAGUAUCCUGUACCAGCCUGGAAAAAGAUGUUAGGGAAGAAGUUCAUAAAUAUGUACAGAUGAUGGGUGGACGUGUGUACAGAGACCUCAAUGUGUCAGUAACUCAUCUUAUAGCUGGAGAAGUUGGGAGCAAGAAAUACUUGGUAGCUGCUUCUCUGAAAAAACCUAUUUUGCUUCCCUCUUGGGUUAAGACACUGUGGGAUAAGUCUCAGCAAAGCGUAAUGAGAUACACUGAUGUUAACAUGGAAGACUAUGCUUGUCCUGUGUUCCUUGGCUGUACAAUUUGCGUAACUGGCUUAAGUAGUUCAGACAGGAAAGAAGUCCAGCGCCUCACUGCUGAACAUGGUGGGCAAUACACAGGGCAGCUCAAGAUGAAUGAAUGUACUCACCUCAUAGUUCAAGAGCCAAAAGGUCAGAAGUACGAAUGUGCGAAAAAAUGGAACGUGCACUGUGUGUCUGUGCAGUGGUUUUCUGACAGCAUUGAGAAAGGCUUCUGUCAGGAUGAGACAAUCUAUAAAAUAGAGGCUGGAUCAAAACUGAGUAAUACACCCAGUACGUCAACACCUACGAAUCAUGCCAGCAAGCCUGACAGUCAUACCCUUUCAGAUGUCAGCCACAUUUCCAAUAUCAAUUUGAGUGGUGUUAAUGAAACAGCAUGUAGUUCUGCUAUGAGCAGCAGACUGGAUCCUCUUCCUGAUGAGCUGGAAAACUUGGAUAUCAGUUCUUUUCAAGCCCCUGAAGAUUUGUUAGAUGGGUGUCGAAUCUAUCUGUGUGGCUUCAGUGGCAGGAAGUUGGACAAAAUGAGAAGGCUUAUUAAUUGCGGUGGUGGUGUUCGAUUUAAUCAACUUAAUGAAGAUGUUACCCAUGUCAUUUUGGGGGAAAAUAACGAUGAGCUGAAACACUUUUUGGAUAAGGCAGUUCACAGGCCUCAUGUAGUGACAGCAAAAUGGUUGCUGGAGUCAUUUAGUAAAGGUUAUCUACAUCCAGUGGAGCAAUAUAUCCCUCUAAACUACCAGCUGUUAGAGAACCCAAUUUUGGAGCAACCUGGAAUGAAGUCGAUUCUUCCCAAAAAUAACAAUUUGUUGAAGAAAGAAGCUGUGAAUGUUAUAAAGCACCAGAAAACUGCUGAAGAUGACUUCCUCUCUCAAUAUGUAAAUAAUGAUGUUACUUUAGAUGAAGUUGAGAAACUAACAUCCAGAACCCUCAGUGACACUACUCACAUGACUGUUCAAGGAGAGGAUCAAUCUUCCGUGUGUAAUGGUUCUUUGGGAGAAUCUUCUGCACUGGCUGAAGGAGGCUUAUUUGUCAGAAAGAGAUUUCUUCUUUUGGGUUUUGGUGAAGAGGAUGAAUCCUGCAUUGCAGAUAUUGUAAAGGAGAAUGCUGGGAAAAUUCUGCCACUGCAAAGCAGAACUAUCGCAGACUAUGCUGUAGUACCUUUACUGGGGUGCACGGUGAAGCCGACUGUUGGUGAUGUUGUCACGAACACAUGGCUGAUAACAUGUGUGGAACAGCAGCUCCUUUUAGAUCCCCAGUCCAAUCCACUUUUCACACCAGUCCCAGUAAUGGAAGGAGUUACUCCUCUGGAAGAUUGUGUUCUUUCUUUUAGCCAGUUCACUGGUGCAGAGAGAGACUCCCUGGUUUAUCUGGCAGGACUGCUAGGAGCAAG